AUAUGCAGUUUAAUGUUAUUAAAUAUCGGUCAGAUUAUAUAUUUCUAUAUGGCUAGUUAUAAAGAAGAGAAAGAGAAGGAAGAGGAGGAGGAGGCGGCGGCGCUGGUGGUGAAUGGUGAAGAAAAAGAGGAGGAGGUGGUCGUCUAUGAAUGUCUUAAAAAUGAUUGGAUGAAAAGCAUAACUAGUGAUUGUUUAACAUACUUCAGCCAAUUGAUUGCAGACCGUCAACCCUCUUCACUGUGGGAAGUUUGUUUAACUCAUUUCUGUAUAGAUUUUCUAUUAUUCUAUUUAAUACACAAUCAUUGUACGCUGAAUAAACUAGUGCAGGUGGAUACUCUAACCGCGUAUAUUGAUCGAUACGAGGCUAGUCGAAAGUCUUGUGAGUAUAUAAAACCGAAAGUGACAAGUUAUUUAAUUAGACAUUUAUUUUCAACUUAUAGAAAGAUUUUGAUAACUAAUGGUUUGAAUACAGACUGAGAUAUGUUGUAAUGUGGUACCUUCAAUGGAUCCAUAGAAAAAUAAGUUGAUUUUGUGUAUAUAUACGUGUAGAUAUAUGCUAUUCGCCUUCUUUCCUCUUCAGAGUAUUUUGUCUAUUCACAACUUUGCCUAUCUUCAAGUACGCAUUUCAACGAUUUUUGUAAAAUUUAUUCUAUUUUUGUACAAUAGUAACGAAAAACAAAAAAAUAAAAUUCUUUCCUGAA